AUGUCUGCCCCGACUUCUCCCAGAAACUCAUCAGAGUCUGCAGCGGGAUCCGAAUUCAGAGAUCAUACGAUCCCACCUGCGGGGUCCGGUCACACCCGCAGCAUUUCCGGCGAGGUUAAACCCAGAAGCCAACGGAGAUCGAUUCAGUUUAGCGUCGGCGCUGCAGAGGCUCAGUUGCCCAGUCGCUCGUCGAGCUUUAAGGAAAAGCGGCUGUCAUACGGGGAUACCCCGACGAGGGAAUUAUUGGAAGAAAAGGAACGGGAACCCAAAGCUACCCAAUUGAACCGAGGGCCGUCCCCACCACCGCCGAAGACCUACGAGCGAGGCGUCUCUUUCGACACAUUCGACAAUUUCGAUGCUACCGAUUUCUCCCUCACAUUAAACUAUAAACACAAAGGCUACCAGAGCACACGUCGAAGCAGGACCUUCUUGUGCGGAACCGACCAGAACGACUACUCCGAGUUCGCCCUCGAAUGGCUCAUUGACGAGCUGGUGGAUGACGGGGACGAGAUCGUCUGUCUCCGAGCGGUGGAGAAGGACUCGCGCAUAGCCAGCGAUGUCGGAAUCGAAGAGCGAAAGUACCGCGAGGAGGCCGAAAAGCUAUUUGAGCAGGUGAUCCAGAAGAACAGCCAGGAUGAGAAGGCCAUCAGCUUGGUCCUGGAACUUGCUGUGGGCAAGGUUGAGAGCAUCAUCCAACGCAUGAUUCGCAUAUACGAGCCUGCAAUGCUUGUAGUCGGUACACGAGGACGAAACCUGAAAGGAGUGCACAGUCUGCUCCCAGGAUCCGUCUCCAAAUACUGCCUCCAACAAUCACCCAUCCCGGUGAUUGUCGUUCGGCCUUCACCGAAACGCGAAAAGAAAAAGAAAAAGCGCCGUGCAGACCCAACACGGCGCAGCUACAACCAAAUCUUGGAAAUGAGCGAGCAGCGCGGCAGUCAGAUAUUCGGCGCCAGCGCCAGCAACGAUAGCAGCACUUCGAAGUUGCCAGACGAGGAGGCUGCAGUAGCAGAGGCACUCGGGCUCCCCGCAUCGUACUCGAAUGCGGCCUCGCGCAGUUCUCUGUCGGUCUCAGACCGUAGUAGCAUUAGCCACGAUGACUCCGACUCGACCUCCUACCCCAUUCGGAACUCACUGGAUGCAGUGGUUAUGGCAAGUCCGGGCAUCGGAAGUCCAGCAGAUAGCUCCCAGGAGAGUGUCGUUACUGGCAAUGGUGUUCAGGCAUCUCCUUUGCUGGAUAGGACUGUGAUCGAGCCUUCCCCGUCUGACCAACUCGAGCCUCCUAUAUCAGAUUCCUCCUCUACCGGGGUUGGAAAACUAGAUGAGGCUAACGAGCCUUCCGAUUUAACCAAGGAUCCCGUGUCUAUCCCAUUGAUUGAAGUGUCAGAUAACAAUGAUAAAAAUGACAACACGAAGAAAUCUGAAUCCUGA